UGGGGCCAAACGGGGCUAAAAAUAAAAAAAUCCACGCAAGUUCGGCCAACGUCUUCUCUUGGUACCUCUCGUGUAUACGUCUUCCUUCUCAUUUUAUACACUUCUUUCUUGAUUGAAAGUUACCCAUCAGUCCCAUACAGUCGGUACACAAUGAGAAAAUGAGUGAAGCUGAUAUACUUGUCUCAGAUCUGAAUUUUGAAUAACGAAAAGGUGUAACAAUAAAACUACUGAAGGACUGGUUCAAGAUUACAAUUUAGAGCAUGGCUUUAGGAAAAUACUCUAGAGUUGAUGGUAGGAAAUCAUCAUCAGGCUAUUGCUCAAUGGUCACAAUAGCGGUUUUUGUAGUACUUUGCUUAGUUGGGGUAUGGAUGAUGACAUCAUCGUCCGUGGUUCCUGUUUGGAGCUCGGAUGUUUCUACGGAGAACAAGAAUGAGGUGGGAACACAUGUGAGUGAGAGCAACGAAGAUAACAACAACCGUGGUACGAGCAAUGAUAGUGUUAACAAUGCAAGUGAUGAUAGUAGUUCCAGUGAUGAUGGCAAGACAAAGCAAUUUGAGGAUAACCCGGGUGACUUGCCUGAGGAUGCAACCAAAGGGGACAGUAAUGCUGGUUUGAUUCAGGAGGAGAAAAACGAUAAAUCUGAAGAGACAGAAAAAACCUUGGAGGAAAAUCCCGUAGAGAAGUCUAAGGAUGAAAAGAAAGAAUACAUAGAAGAAAGGAAGGAAGAUGAAGAAGAAAAGAAUGGAGGAGAAGCUAAGGAAGAUGGGGAAUUGCAGAAGGAGAAUAAAGACUCUGAAACUGGAGAGACAAAUGAAAGUAAUUCUGAUGACAAUGAGAAGAAAUCAGGAGAAAGUUCAAGUGACGUGAAGGAUGGGGAUAAGGGAGAUGGUCAAACAGAGGAGAAAGUGGAAGAAGAGAAGGAUAAGGAAACUGAUCAAGUUACUGGUGAGAAAAAGGAUCAGUCCAAUGAAGACUUUCCUUCUGGGGCUCAAUCAGAUCUUUUGAAGGAAACAACCACUCAAAAUGGAGCCUUUUCAACUCAGGCAGCAGAGUCAAAGAAUGAGAAAGAAGCCCAAGAAUCCUCCCAGUUAGAGAAAGAAAGUGGUUACAGUUGGAAACUUUGCAAUACCACUGCAGGGACUGAUUACAUUCCUUGCCUGGACAAUUUGAAAGCAAUUAAAAAGCUUCCAUCAACUAAGCAUUAUGAACAUCGGGAGAGGCACUGUCCUGAGAGUCCUCCCACCUGCCUUGUUCCAGUUCCUGAAGGAUACCAACGCCCUGUUGAAUGGCCUAGGAGUAGGGAAAAGAUAUGGUAUCAUAAUGUUCCUCAUACAAAGCUUGCAGAAGUUAAAGGACACCAAAAUUGGGUUAAAGUUAGCGGUGAAUACCUUACGUUCCCUGGUGGUGGAACUCAGUUUAAGCAUGGUGCCCUUCAUUAUAUUGAUUUCAUACAGCAGUCUGUUCCUGAAAUUGCCUGGGGAAAACACUCACGUGUUGUGCUGGAUGUUGGAUGUGGCGUUGCUAGCUUUGGAGGCUUCCUCUUUGACAGGGACGUGCUAACCAUGUCAUUGGCUCCAAAAGAUGAACAUGAAGCUCAGGUUCAAUUUGCACUUGAAAGAGGAAUUCCUGGUAUAUCUGCUGUUAUGGGUACAAAGAGACUUCCAUACCCUGGAAGAGUUUUCGAUAUAGUCCACUGUGCACGUUGUAGGGUACCUUGGCACAUUGAAGGAGGUAAACUUCUCUUGGAGCUGAAUCGUUUGCUGCGUCCUGGGGGUUUCUUUGUUUGGUCUGCGACUCCGAUCUACCAGAAACUUGCUGAAGAUGUUGAGAUUUGGGAAGCCAUGAAGAAAUUAACAAAGGCAAUGUGUUGGGAAGUUGUGUCCAUUACCAAGGACAGAGUGAAUGGAGUUGGAAUAGCUGUAUAUCACAAGCCUUCUUCAAACGAGUGCUAUGAGCAAAGAUCACAAAAUGAUCCUCCACUGUGUAAAGACACUGAUGAUCCAGAUGCAGCCUGGAAUGUGCUUUUACAAGCGUGUAUGCACAAACUUCCUGUUGAUUCAUCUGAACGCGGGGCUCAAUGGCCUAAACAGUGGCCUGCGAGGGUGGGGCAAACUCCUUACUGGUUGUCUAGUUCCCAGGUAGGAGUUUAUGGGAAACCUGCUCCAGAAGAUUUUGCUGCAGAUUAUGAACACUGGAAGCGUGUCGUGAGCAAGUCUUAUAUAAAUGGAUUGGGAAUAGACUGGUCUAAUGUGAGGAAUGUCAUGGACAUGCGAGCUGUCUAUGGAGGAUUUGCUGCUGCUCUUAAAGAUAUGAAGUUGUGGGUUAUGAACGUUGUCUCCAUCGAUGCUCCUGAUACUCUACCGAUUAUUUAUGAACGAGGUCUAUUUGGAAUUUAUCAUGACUGGUGUGAAUCGUUCAGUACUUACCCUCGAUCCUAUGAUCUCCUCCAUGCAGACCAUCUCUUUUCGAAGAUUAAGAACAAGUGUAAUUUCAUGGCCUUGGUUGCGGAGGCUGAUCGGAUUUUGAGGCCCGAAGGAAAGCUUAUCGUCCGAGACACAGUUGAGAUCAUUAAUAAACUCGAAAGCCUUCUCAAGUCCAUGCACUGGGACAUUCGCAUGACCUACUCCAAGAAUAAGGAAGGAAUGCUCUGUGCCCAGAAAACCAUGUGGCGCCCUAAAGAGUCGGAGACAAUUUCCCAUGCCAUUGCUUAAUGGACAUGUCAAUUCUUGAGCCUUGCGCGACACCAAUUAGGUAUUUUUUUUGUACUGAUGCCAGUUCGAAAGACGUGGCUGCAUUCUUCCUCAAGGUGUCGGAAAUCAGCAUGUCUCGGAAAAUUUAGUGUAAGUCAAGAAUUUAGUGAUCAUCGAAAAGUUUGUGUCCAUUGCUUCAAAAACAGUGCAGACAUUGUUAAAUAUGUCUAAGAUUUACAAAUCAAAAUUUCAAGAUCUGCCAGCGCGAUGAGUAUUGAAAUUGCAUAGAAUGGUUUUAAAUUUUUUUU